AUGCCUUAUCAAGCCUUUUCCGAAACAGGUGAUACUGUCGUUAACAUGGAGGAUGAGGAAGGAAUUAACGAGAAUAGCCCUUUGUAUCCCUUUGGUGUUCCUGUUAUUUUAUUGAAUGUUAAAUCUCAAAUGGCAUUUGUUCGUAAAGUUUGUAUAAUCUUUGCAUUGCAACUUAUAGUCACUAUAGCAUUUACAGGUUUAUUAUUAUAUCAGUAUAAUUGGAGACAUUUUAUUCAAAGAUUUGAUUGGUAUUAUCCAAUACUCCCAGUUUUAUCACUUAUUUUGUUGGUUGGAAUUACAUGGAAAUCAAAUGAUAGUUUUCAACCACCUUGUAUAAUGGUAUUAAUAGUGAUCACAAUAACUACCUUGGUUUUACAUCCAUGGUUUUUUACAUUUUGGGAUGCUAUACCAGCAGUUAUUUUCUCAACUUUAUUAUCACUCUUCUUUAUAUUGGAUAAUUGGUAUAUGUUGAAAACAAUGAGUAAGGGUGAUUAUAUGGCUGCCAGUAUGCAAACCUACUUGGAUUUAAUAGUACCAUUUAGAAACAAAUCCGCCCAUAUGGAUGAUGACGAUGAUAAUAAUAAGGGUCUUCAAACCGAUCCAUCGAAAGCAACUCCCACCACUUUCAACUCUGUUACUUAUGAUCAACCUUACAGUCUGCUUAUGAAUCAUGGCACCUCACCAUUCACAGUUAUUAGUACUCCAACUACACAAAUUGCGCCAUCGACAGGAAUAGAGGAACAAGAGGAACCACUAUAUGUGAAUGCUAAACAAAAAUAUCUUCAUGAAUCUCGACAUAAACAUGCUAUGAGACGUCCUCGUGGUCCUGGUGGUAGAUUCCUUACAGCAACUGAAAUUGCAGAAUUAGAACAAAAAAAUAAAGCAGAGCAGCAACCACAACAAGAUGACGGUCAACAAUCACAGCCACCACUACAACAAAAACAAGAUGAUAUUCAACAAGUAAAAACGGUGUGA